AAAGUAAUCCAAAUCAGCACUGAGUGUCAUGUCUCUUUAAUGUUACUGUCACCUCUGACUAUUUAAAAAAAAAAGCCUCUCAGUUGACGCUGACGUUAAUUUUCGCGCGCGGUCCAUGUUUCGUUCAGGCUCUUCUGCUGGCACUGGAUUCUGCUAUAGCUGGUUGGAUUUGACAGAAAAUAUCAAAACAAAACUACUCCGCUGCUGGAAAUGAUCUCCACUCGUAUUUGGAAGUUAAAACGCUAUGGGCGUUUCAUCCCUGACUCCAAGGAAACAGGUGUAACACCGUGGAAGGUACUUGAGGCAAAGGACAACAAACCUGAAAUUGUCCUCACAAUUGUGGAAUCUGGACACUUGCUGGUCUUGCAGGGACAAGAAAGCUUGGAUACAAUUCCUUUGCUGUGUGGCUCAGAUUCUAUUAAAGUACACCAGAAAUCUGAUAAUCUGAUGAUUCGAUUUAUUGUGAAGGGUGAGAGCCGCAUGAUAAGGAUGCAGUUUGAUGGAUGCAGCAUGGCAGAGGCUAUAAAUGAGUGCUCAAGUGCUGUGGAAAAACUGAUGGAGUACAUACCUGUCACCACUCAGGAUUACGCCCCACCACAGCCUAAUCAGCCCCCUGCUGCGGUACCUGCACCAGCAGUACAGACUUGUCAGGAAAAAGCUGUGGGAGUUAAACCUGGGGUUGUCCGAGGAACUGUGUCCAUCAAACGUCUUACCCAGCACUGCUUGGGAGAUACUGCUGUGACUCUACCUCGAGUAUAUCAACACAGUUCUUUUGGACAAGGUGACUUAGAGCAUUUCCUGCGUGUUUGUCUGCUGGAUCCCACCUUUUAUGGAUUUGUAGAGAAGGUGGAAGGGGAGCUGAGGAAACUGGUUGAAGAGUAAAGAAUCUUAACAAGAGCUCAAGGCAGAAAGGUCAAGUUUGCGCGCGUGUGUGUGUGUGUGUGUGUGUGUGUGUGCGUGUGUGUGCGCAUGUUUGUGUUUUUUUUUCUUUUUCUUUUACUUGUUCGUGUAGGCAAUGCCUGUUGGUGGAGGAGUGUUUUGUUGCUUUGGUGCCAGUGUUCUUUGAAAUUAUAUUACACAUUAGUUGUUAUGUUACAUGGGCCAAAGAGGAU